AUGGGAAUUACUAGAAAAAUUGCCACUUUUGAAGAGGCAAUAAAUUUUUCUCCUGGUGCUCGAUAUCCCUCUUUAUCAUUAAUGUAUCCAACUAUAGAAGAGCAGGAUGGUGAUGAUGGUUAUGAACCAUUCUACCUGAUCACAAACUUCAAUCCUACCAACCCUACAAAAAGUUUAG